UUUGUCUCUCACUGUUUUAGGUUCCUGAGUCAGCAGCUAUCGAUCUGGAGAUUCCGAUUAUCUACAAUGACAUGAAAAACGAUCACAAAUACCCAUGGGCCAUCUUCAAGAUCCAACAGAACCGCGUGGUAGUUGACACCCUCGGCACGGGGGGCUACGAGGAGUUUAUCGUUGCUUUGACAGCAUCAGGAGAACCACGAUACGCCCUCUACGAUGUUCCACAGGAUUGGGUUUAUGCAGAGUUCAACAUCGUCUUCAUUUUCUGGAUUCCUGAUGACGUCCCCUGGUCAAAAGCUGUGCCAUACGGCAGAACCGUGGUAGGCUUAAAGCAGAAAUUUACAGGUAUUAAGACAAUUAUGGAGGCAUAUGGAACAGCUUCAUCAAUCAAAGACGACAUGAUUUACACUGUAAACAAAUGGUAUGUUGGCAAGUAACUUCAACCUAAUUUAUCCGAACCUUGCAAUCAUUCUUUGCACUUCAUGCACACAAAAGGCC